GAGGGAAGUGCCAGUCGCCCGGCAGGCCCUGAGCCACUAGCAAAGCAGCGAAGGUGAAUGGUAGCCAUCCCACCCAGGUUCCCUCCUGGAGCCUAGCUUUGCUGAGAGAACUUCUGGAGCCUGACCCAAAGCGGGCAGGGGCUCCGGGCUGGGGCGGGGAAGACCAUGGCCCGCCUCUUCAGUCCCCGGCCUCCUCCCAGCGAAGAUCUCUUCUACGAAACUUACUACAGCCUGAGCCAACAGUACCCACUGCUGAUACUGCUUUUGGUCAUUGUGCUCUGCGCGCUGGUGGCACUGCCCGCCGUCGCCUGGGCCAGCGGCAGGGAGCUGACCUCAGACCCAAGCUUCCUGACAACUGUGCUGUGUGCUUUGGGUGGCUUCUCUCUGCUAUUGGGGCUCGCUUCCCGGGAGCAGCAACUGCAGCGAUGGACACGACCUCUUUCUGGUCUCAUAUGGGUUGCAUUGCUGGCUUUGGGCUAUGGAUUUCUGUUCACUGGGGGUGUGGUGAGUGCCUGGGACCAGGUGUCUUUUUUCCUCUUCAUCAUCUUCACCGUGUACGCCAUGCUGCCCUUGGGCAUGCGGGAUGCUGCUGCUGCGGGGGUCAUCUCAUCCCUCUCUCACCUGCUGGUCCUUGGACUGUAUCUUGGGUGGCAGCCUGAGUCACAGAGAGCUCUGCUACCACAGUUGGCAGCAAACGCGGUGUUGUUCCUGUGUGGGAACCUGGUGGGGGCGUACCACAAGGCCCUGAUGGAGCGAGCAUUGCGGGCCACGUUCCGGGAGGCUCUUAGCUCUCUGCACUCACGCCGGAGGCUGGACACUGAGAAAAAGCACCAGGAGCACCUCCUCUUGUCCAUCCUUCCUGCCUACCUGGCCCGAGAGAUGAAAGCAGAGAUCAUGGCCCGGCUGCAGGCUGGACAGCACUCACGGCCAGAGAACACAAACAACUUUCACAGCCUGUACGUCAAGAGGCACCAAGGAGUGAGUGUGCUGUAUGCUGACAUCGUGGGCUUCACGCGGCUGGCCAGUGAGUGUUCCCCAAAGGAGCUGGUGCUCAUGCUGAAUGAGCUCUUUGGCAAGUUCGACCAGAUUGCCAAGGAGCACGAAUGCAUGCGGAUCAAGAUCCUGGGAGACUGUUACUACUGUGUGUCCGGGCUGCCCCUCUCGCUGCCUGACCACGCUAUCAAUUGUGUGCGCAUGGGGCUGGACAUGUGCCGGGCCAUCAGGAAACUUCGGGUAGCCACCGGUGUGGAUAUCAACAUGCGCGUGGGCGUGCACUCGGGCAGCGUUCUCUGUGGAGUCAUCGGGCUACAGAAGUGGCAGUAUGAUGUCUGGUCCCAUGAUGUCACAUUGGCCAACCAUAUGGAAGCAGGGGGUGUACCAGGACGAGUGCACAUCACAGGGGCCACACUGGCCCUGCUAGCAGGAGCUUAUGCUGUGGAAAGGGCAGACACGGAACACCGAGACCCGUACCUUCGGGAGCUAGGCGAACCUACAUACCUGGUCAUUGACCCUCGGGCUGAGGAGGAAGACGAGAAGGGCACCGCAAAAGGAUUGCUGUCUUCUCUGGAGGGGCACACGAUGCGUCCGUCACUUCUGAUGACUCGCUAUCUGGAGUCUUGGGGUGCAGCCAAGCCUUUCGCCCACCUAAGCCACCUUGACUGUCCUGUGUCUACCUCCACUCCACUACCGGAGAAAGCCUUCAGCCCCCAGUGGAGCCUGGACCGGAGUCGCACCCCCCGGGGACUAGAUGAUGAGCUGGACACUGGUGAUGCCAAGUUCUUCCAGGUCAUCGAACAACUCAACUCUCAGAAACAGUGGAAGCAGUCGAAGGACUUCAACCUCCUGACGCUGUACUUCAGAGAGAAGGAGAUGGAGAAACAGUAUCGGCUCUCUGCACUUCCAGCGUUCAAAUACUACGCAGCCUGCACCUUCCUGGUUUUUCUGUCCAACUUCACUAUCCAAAUGCUGGUGACAACCAGGCCCCCAGCUCUGAUCAUCACCUACAGCAUCACCUUCCUUCUCUUCUUUCUCCUCCUCUUCGUCUGCUUCUCAGAGCACCUGACGAAGUGUGUCCAGAAAGGUCCCAAGAUGUUGCACUGGCUGCCUGCACUGUCUGUCCUGGUGGCCACACGGCCAGGAUUUCGAGUAGCCCUGGGCACGGCCACCAUCCUCCUAGUAUUCACUAUGGCCAUCGCCAGCCUGCUCUUCUUACCAGUGUCAUCAGACUGCCUUUUCCUGGCUUCCAAUGUGUCGUCUGUGACUUUCAAUGCUUCCUGGGAGAUGCCAGGAUCCCUGCCCCUCAUCAGCAUCCCCCUCAUCAGCAUCCCAUACUCCAUGCAUUGCUGCGUGUUGGGUUUCCUCUCCUGCUCCCUUUUUCUGCACAUGAGCUUCGAACUGAAGCUGCUCCUACUUCUGCUGUGGCUGGUGGCAUCUUGUUCCCUAUUUCUGCAUUCCCACGCCUGGCUGUCCGACUGCCUCAUUGCCCGCCUUUAUCAAAGCCCUUCAGACUCCAGGCCAGGGGUGCUGAAGGAACCCAAGCUGAUGGGAGCUAUCUACUUCUUCAUCUUCUUCUUCACACUCCUGGUCCUGGCUCGGCAGAAUGAGUAUUACUGCCGCCUGGACUUCCUGUGGAAAAAGAAACUGAGGCAGGAGCGAGAGGAGACUGAGACGAUGGAGAACCUGACCCGGCUCCUCCUGGAGAAUGUACUCCCUGCACACGUGGCCCCCCAGUUCAUCGGCCAGAACCGGCGCAAUGAGGACCUCUACCACCAGUCGUACGAAUGCGUGUGUGUCCUCUUCGCAUCGGUCCCAGACUUUAAGGAAUUCUACUCUGAAUCCAACAUCAACCACGAGGGGCUGGAGUGCCUGCGGCUGCUCAAUGAGAUCAUCGCUGACUUUGAUGAGCUGCUCUCCAAGCCAAAGUUCAGUGGAGUAGAAAAGAUCAAAACUAUUGGCAGUACCUACAUGGCAGCCACAGGCUUAAAUGCCACCUCUGGACAGGAUACUCAACAGGAUGCUGAGAGAAGCUGCAGUCAUCUGGGCACCAUGGUGGAAUUUGCAGUGGCCCUGGGGUCUAAGCUGGGUGUCAUCAACAAGCACUCGUUCAACAACUUCCGCCUGCGUGUGGGGUUGAACCACGGACCAGUAGUAGCAGGGGUGAUUGGGGCGCAGAAGCCACAGUAUGACAUCUGGGGGAACACAGUGAAUGUGGCCAGCCGCAUGGAGAGCACAGGCGUUCUCGGCAAGAUCCAAGUGACUGAGGAGACAGCGCGGGCCCUGCAGUCUCUGGGUUACACAUGCUAUAGCAGAGGCAGCAUCAAGGUCAAAGGCAAAGGGGAACUCUAUACCUACUUCCUGAACACAGACCUGACGCGGACCGGAUCUCCCUCAGCAUCCUAGGCACCUGAGCUCCCCUCUUCGAAGAUCCUCAAUAAAAUGUCUCCGA